UAUCUUACAUUAUUAUGACUAUAUUAUACAAAUUUAUUAGACAAAUUAUACGCUUACGACGACGACGAUCGAAUGGAACUUCAGUCUUUUGCUCAGGAAAACUAACUCUAAUCGAUACAUAUAACAUCGUCGUCUGCGAUAGAUUCCAAUUUGGUAUUACUUUUCGUCUUCGGAAUGACUUCGAUGGAGAUCUCGCCUCUCAAUAGAGGUUCUAGAUUUUUAGUCAAUGUAAUUUCAUCAGGAUUAGUUUGAAUUCUAACCACUUCGUUUGUUCUGCUAGUACUUGAUGGCGUUGCUUCAGCUUUCUGAGCAGUCAAUUUGAUUUCAGGAGGAGCCACCGAUUUUUUUUGUGUCUCCGACGAGAUUUUUGAAGAGCUUAUUUGCGUGGCUGGUUUCUUCGAAAUAUGUGGGUUUUUCUGGUUGUGUCUAAUGACUCUAAUGGAUGAGUUAGCUUUUUUGUUUAUUGGCAUUAACACGACUGGAUCAAUUUGUUUCUUGUUGGUGCUUAAAAAGGUUUUGCCUUUGCUUGUUGAAUUAGCAGAUAUCUAUAGAGAGUUGUAAAAAAGUAAAAUAAAAUUGUAAAAAGAAUAUGUAGAUACUUUUCAAUUUACAAGAAGGAAAAAUGUAACUGUAUUUUUAUUUCCUUUUUUAAUUAUACGCCCUUUUGUGCCCGAAAUUGAAAAAUAUAGUAUAUAGAACCAAUAUGGGUCGCCCGUUACAUUAUACAUACAUACCUGAUUAAUCAAUACUCCAGAAUCGUUCAGAGAUUUCAGCGUCGAUUUCAAUUGAUUGUUUUGUUGCACUUUUUUCUUACUCACCAACUUUCUCUGUAAUGUUUUCCCGCCUACAAUAGAGCGAGGUUUAAUCAAUACAGCGUUACCCUUAAUAAUUCUACUAUAACGUCUUGAGGUAUUGUCGACUAUUAUACAUAUUGUUUAAACAAUAAUAUGUCUUACUCGAUGGGCUAGUCGAUGUUUUCUUCAUAAAAUUCGGAGUGGGCGACAAACUGACAGGAGUGAUCGAAAUAUUCGGUCUACCUUUCAACAAAUCUUUGGCCGAUUUGUCAUCUUGGGGUGACGAAACUUUGUUUGCUGGUUCCUAAUGCAUGGUACAAAUAUAGUAGAGAUAAAAAUGAUUGCUGUGCCUACAUUUUUCGAAAGAAUAUACCCUAAAUAAUUGCGAUGCGCUUUGUAAAUUCAUCGACAUCGAAUUAAUUAAGCUUGCUGGAACGCUCAUUUUUUUCUUCGACUGAUCGACAAUCGAUUUGGACGUGCUGGGCACGGAUGAUCUUUGAGACUGUUGCUUCGUUGAACAACCAGCAACACUGCUUGGUAUGGGCAAAGCGGCAUGAGACGAAGUUAAUUUGCUUGGGAAAGUCGAUGUUUGGUGUUUCAGAAUCUGCAUACCCAAAACUUUUAAUUGAUCUACAAAGAGAAAGGUGCGUUAUUUGCAAAAAAUCAAAAAAGGGUCCAAAGAAAUCUGCAUAUAGGCAUUGAAAUUUAAUGACAAAUUUAAUGACAAGAAAUCGUAAGUGUACAAGGAGUUGAUAUUAAACAAAGUUCAUGUCAACGUUCGGAAGGACUAUGGAAUUAAAAUAUUUUAUAAUAUAUGUAUUAAACAUGAAAAAAAACAUUGUUUUUGUAUUCGAAUUGUUGUGCUUCCUGUAAACUCAUAAAAUAAAAAACAUACCGGGUGUUAGGAUCGAUAGUGCCUGAUCGACGCUUAAAUUUUUCUUCAUGGCAGGAUUUAAUAGGUUUAAACUGUCUAUUGGUUGUGAAGAAACGCUGGCUUGGACAGAGAUUUCUCCAGGAUUAAUAUGUUGAAGUAAACUAAUUUAAGUGUCUAAUGAAAUCAAUCAUUUGACUCAUUACGGCUAACGCACCCAGAGAAUUACUGAUAAGAUAAGAUUAGGUUUAUUCGCCAUAAAAAUUCAAUGCGGCAGGUAUUCGAUUUCCAAUGCAAAUUACAUUAAUUAAUGGCAAUGUUCAAUUAGUUUUUUAAAAACCGAUAAAUCUAAUUAUUACGUCUUAAAAUAAGUAAUAUCUAAAUAUUUGAGAAAAGACAUUAUCAUAUAAAAAUGUAGUCUUACCUUAAUCUGUUUAAAAUAAUCUGUACUUGUACUGGUUACCUACACAUUAAACGUUUUUUUGAGCAUUAAAUGCUUUGUCAAAACAGCCCCAGAAGAGUCUCAAAUAUCAAUUCGUAUUGGGGUUAAUACGAAUUGAUUUUACAAUACAAAAAAUCAAACUGUAAAUAAAUAAUGUGAAUAAAAAUUUUUUUACAGUAAUUUUUUUCUACAUGGUAACAUUGUACAUUAAUUCCUAUAAAUGAAAAAUUAUUAAUAAAUACUUCAGAUUAAUUUAUGCUUUUUUGGUAUUCAAAGGUCAAAAUGUAAUUCCUUAUUCAUAAAGGAGUUAAAGAGAUAUAUUUUGAAUACAGCUAAUAUACUAAUACUAAUAAACGAAACAAAAAUAUGCUUAAUGAUCUUCUAUUAAUCUUAAUAAUUCCUGUAUUAAUCCAAAGGUACCGUGGUGGUUAGUACGUAUUCAAACAUAUACAGUUAAUUCAUGCUUUUAUUAAAUUGUGUUGGAGACAGGGCGAUGAUCAAAAUUAAAAAUAUUGUAUUUGGUCACUUUGAGACCUAUGAAGGUAAGUACAACAGAGGAUUCACAUUAAUAAUAAUCCUGAAAUAAUAUUCAACAGUAGUUUUUUAGUACAACAGAAGUUUAGUAGUAGUACUCAUGACACUUUUUUUUGAAAAUAUUACUGAUUUAAUUGAACACCAACCCUCCACUAUAAUUUAUUGUAAAAAUGAAUGUGAUAUAAUAAUUAUAGGUGAUCCCUUUUAUUGGAUUGCUGAUAUGGCUACAAUACUAACCAGAACGCUGAGACAUAAAACGAUUACGAGAAUAAUAUUUUGGUUUUAUAACUUUAUCAUAUUCGUUAUGUUAACAGGAAUAUUUGUAUCAAAAAACCCCAGCAGUAUGUUAGCGGAAAAUCUAGUCCUGUUUUCUUUUUUAAUAGUGGUAAGAACACUUCAAAUUUAGAAAACUGUUCUCUUUUCAGUUGACGUAUUUAUUUAUUUGGUUUCAGAUGACAAUAAUGUACGGUAAUAUGAUGAGAAAAUUUCGUAUGGUUAAUAAAAUGUUUCAGACAGUGAUAAAAUUGAUAACUCAUAACAAGAGAGCUGCAAAUGUAUCAUUAAAAAACGAAAUGUUAAAAAGCAGCAAAACUUUGAAACAUAUAUGUUUAACAUUCCAUUUUAUUUUCUCUCCAAUUGCAUAUAACUUGUACAUGUUUUUUCAAGUAACUGAAACAACUCUUCCUAUUAAAAUUAUGAAAGCACUAUCAUUAAACCGAUCAUACUUACUUAAAUUUUAUCAUAUUAUGAUAUUUUAUAUAAUACCAAUUCAUUCAAUAACUUACAUUCCGACACCAGUAUACACAGUUGUGUACUGCUCUCGACAUAUUAAGUUUUCAUUAAAACAAGUGGUAGAGGAGAUGAAAAAUUUUCAACAAAAUGAUGAUCAAUUAAAAGCGAGUAUUACAGAGCGCCUACAUUCGAACAAGUAUCAACAAAAAGUGAAAAAAGAACUUAUUUAUUACAUAAAACAAUACAACGCAAUAAAAAGGGCUGCUGACUACGUUAAUCAUUGCAUUAAAUGGAGGUUUUUAUCGAUUUUUAUAGUAGGAGGACUGAGUGCGGCUUUCAAUUUAGUUUUGAUAUUGCAAGUCGAUUUUAAAUCUCAAAUAUUUCAAGCCGGCAUUGUCCUCAUUAUACUUGCCUAUAAUGUGAUUACAGCAGAGUGUGGAGAACAAAUUCAGUUAGAGGUAGUCGUUAAUAUACAAGAAUAUGAGGAAUAAUAAUAUAAAAUAUUUUUUUUUCUUUCGUAGUAAAAAAACACAGUAAUUAUACAUAUUAAUAAAAUACUAUUAG